GAAGCUGCGACGCCGAGUUUUACUCUGGCUGGUGUCUCCCGCUCGGAGUCGGGAGCCGCAGCCGGAACCCUGCCCGGGCCGAACCAGAGCUCCGGUCCCCUCGCCCUUCUCAGCCCCGGUGCCUUGGAAUUCGUGCCGCCGAGUCAGCAAGCCUUUCGGAUUUUCCCGGUUCUUGUUGUCUGUGCACCGAGAUGGGGACUCGGGCCAGCGCUUCCUCCUGAGGAUCUGGGUCUGCGUCCUGAAGGGGCGGAGAGUGCCAGCCCUCCGGAGAGAAAAGGUCUGCUGGAGGCGCUGGGCCAUGAACCCGAGAUUCCAUCCCAGAGCGCUCUGAAGCCGUUUGGGCAAGCAAAGGAGUCCGAGGGAAGAUGGCCAUGGCCCCAGGCCCUUCCCUGGCCCAAGUGUACGCCGGCCCCGUGGCAGUGGCUGUGUGGGAAUGGCAGGACGGGCUGGGCACCUGGCACCCCUACAGCGCCGCCGUCUGCAGCUACAUCGAGCAGCAGUUUGUCCAGCAGAAGGGCCAACGCUUUGGGCUGGGGAGCCUGGCCCACAGCAUCCCCCUGGGCCAGGCCGACCCCUCGCUGGCCCCUUACAUCAUCGACCUCCCCAACUGGACCCAGUUCCGCCAGGACACUGGCACCAUGCGGUCUGUGCGGAGGCACCUGUUCCCCCAGCACUCGGCCCCUGGCCGAGGCAUCGUCUGGGAGUGGCUGGGUGACGACGGCUCCUGGAUUGCCUAUGAGGCCAGCGUCUGUGACUACCUGGAGCAGCAGGUGGCCAGGGGCACCCAGCUUGUGGACUUGGCUCCCCUGGGGUACAACUACACCAUCAACUAUGCCACCCACACACAAACCAACAAGACCUCUAGCUUCUGCCGGCGUGUGCGGCGCCAGGUGGCGCUGCCCUACCCAGUGACCAGCGUCAUUUCCGUGCCAAGCCACACGGGAGCUGCCUGCUCUUGCCACCAGUGCCUCCACGGCAGCGGGACUGGCCCUGUGUCGGGCCGCUACCGCCACUCCGUGACCAACCUCCCCGCCUACCCUGUGCCCCAGACCCCCCACAGGACCGCUUUUGUCUUUGGGGCCCACCAGGCCUUUGCCCCCUACAACAAACCCUCCCUCUCCGGAGCCAGGUCUGCGCCCAGGCUGAACACCACCAACCCCUGGGCUGGAGCAGCUCCCGCCGUGGGGAGCCAGUCCCUCUUCUUCCGCUCCAGCCUCUCCCACCUGGGACCGCAGCUGCUGCCCCCAGGAGCCUCCACGUCCGGAGGAGCCAGCGCCUCCGUCCCCAGCGGCCCCUCGAGCAGCCCCGGGAGUGCCCCUGCCACUGUGCCCGUGCAGAUGCCGAAGCCCAGCCGGGUCCAGCAGGCGCUCGCAGGCAUGACGAGUGUGUUGAUGUCAGCCAUCGGACUCCCUGUGUGUCUUAGCCGCGCACCCCAGCCCACCAGCCCUCCCGCCUCCCGCCUGGCCUCUAAAAGUCACAGCUCAGUUAAGAGAUUGAGGAAAAUGGCCGUGAAAGGGGGGACUCCGAAGCCAGAGCCAGAGCAGGUGAUCAGAAAGUACACCGAGGAGCUGAAGUCGCCCCCCGAUGAGGACUGCAUCAUCUGUAUGGAGAAGCUGUCCGUGGCAUCUGGGUACAGCGACGUGACCGACAGCAAGACCAUGGGGCCCGUGGCCGUCGGCCGCCUCGCCAAGUGCAGCCACGCCUUCCACCUGCUGUGCCUGCUGGCCAUGUACUGCAACGGGAACAAGGACGGGAGCUUGCAGUGCCCCUCCUGCAAGGCCAUCUACGGAGAGAAGACCGGGACCCAGCCCCAGGGGAAGAUGGAGGUGUUCAAGUUCCAGGUGUCGCUCCCGGGCCACGAGGACUGCGGGACGAUACUCAUCGUCUACAGCAUUGCUCACGGCAUCCAGGGCCCCGAGCACCCCAACCCUGGAAAGCCAUUCACCGCCAGAGGCUUCCCCCGCCAGUGCUACCUUCCAGACAACGCCCAGGGCCGCAAGGUGCUGGAGCUGCUGAAAGUGGCCUGGAAGAGGCGCCUCAUCUUCACGGUUGGCACGUCCAGCACCACGGGCGAGACCGACACGGUGGUGUGGAACGAGAUCCACCACAAGACCGAGAUGGACCGCAACGUGACCGGCCAUGGCUACCCCGACCCCAACUACCUGCCCAACGUGCUGGCCGAGCUGGCCGCCCAGGGCGUGACCGAGGACUGCCUGGAGCAGCAGUGA